CUUCGUUUAUUUUCCAUUCUUUUCUCUCACUUCUCUGAAUCUCUCUUUCUUCUUGCAGGUUUCUUUGAUAAUGGAUUCAGGAUGGUGGAGGCCUUUUUCAAAGACCGAUUCCCGUGUCCCUUUCCAAGAACGCUUCCUUCAUCAGAAAAAUUCUUCGCAGGAUCAGGAUAAUUUGGAUAGGUUUAUUCCAAAUAGAUCAGCAAUGGAUUUUGGUUAUGCUCAUUACAUGCUGACGGAGGGUACAAAGGGAAAAGAAAAUCCAGAGGUGAUUACACCAUACCAGAAAAAACUCGCAGAAGCCGUUAACAUCAAUGACGGAACUCGAAUAUUGGCUUUCAAGAAUAAGCCUCCGACACCGGUUGAACUCGUACCUAGAGAAAUUCUUUCGCCUCCUCCUCAAUCCAAAUUAUCCAAACCCAAACGAUGUAUUCCUCAGACUUCUGAGAGGACCUUGGAUGCCCCUGAUAUCUUGGAUGAUUUUUACUUGAAUUUACUAGAUUGGGGUAGCGAUAAUGUCCUUAGUAUUGCCCUUGAAAAUACAGUUUAUCUUUGGAAUGCUUCAGAUAGUUCCACUUCAGAACUUGUCACUGUGGAUGAGGAAUAUGGUCCUGUCACAAGUGUUAACUGGGCCCAAGAUGGUCGCCAUUUAGCCAUUGGUUUGAACAAUUCUCAUGUCCAGAUAUGGGAUACCAGUGCUUCUAAACAGCUAAGGACACUAAAGGGUGGACAUAGAACAAGAGUGGGUUCACUGGCUUGGAACAGUCACAUUCUGACAACAGGAGGAAUGGAUGGUAAAAUAGUAAACAAUGAUGUUAGAGUGAGAUCUCACAUUGUUGAAACGUACAGAGGACACAACCAGGAAGUUUGUGGGCUCAAGUGGUCAUCCUCAGGACAUCAAUUGGCGAGUGGUGGAAACGAUAAUGUUGUUCACAUAUGGGAUAGGUCUGUGGUUUCCUCAAAUUCACCUACUAAUUGGCUUCAUAGGUUUGAGGAACACACAGCUGCUGUGAAGGCACUAGCUUUGUGUCCUUUUCAGGGUAACCUAUUGGCAUCUGGUGGAGGUGGGGGUGAUCAUUGCAUUAAACUGUGGAACACACACACAGGUGCGAGACUGAAUUCUUUCGAUACAGGAUCACAAGUUUGUUCUCUGCUCUGGAACAAGAAUGAGCGCGAGCUUCUUAGCUCACAUGGGUUCACUAAAAACCAGCUCACCCUUUGGAAGUAUCCUUCAAUGGUGAAGAUGGCAGAACUCAACGGUCACACCUCGAGAGUGCUGUACAUGACACAGAGCCCGGAUGGGUGUACUGUGGCAUCUGCAGCCGCAGAUGAGACUCUCAGGUUUUGGAAUGUCUUUGGAAACCCAGCAACAGCAGGAAAAGCUGCGCCAAAGGCAUAUAGUGAACCGUUUGCAAAAUUCAACCGUAUCCGGUAAAAAUGAACUCUCAUAUGCAAAGCAGGUAGGUUUCUUUCGACCAAUAAUUGGCGGAUCUGUUACUUACAAUGAUCAACCAUAUUCCAAGUUCUUAAAAAGCAGGUAGGUUUCUUUUGACGAUUUUCUAUGCAACACUGCUUCUGAAUGUUAAUAUACUGACAAGUGAAGAAUGAUGUUAUGUUUCCUCACCUAACUGUAAAAGAAACAUUGACAUAUGCAGCUUGUUCACAUAUGGUAUCUAUGAGCUAGGCUUGGAGAGGUACAUUCAUGCUUCCACUAGAGUCUCAAUUAGUCAUAAUCAAUGUCAUGCUCGAAAACAACAUAAUAGAGUUUAAUAUACUGACAAAUAUGUUUGUAUUCUUAAUUGUAUGAGAACAUGUGUCAAGGAGUGUCUGGUGGAGAGAGGAAAGAGUUUGUAUUGGCAAUGAGAUCAUAAUCAAUCCUUCUCUUCUAUUAGUUUGGAUUCUACAUCAGCCUUGGGGAUUGUUCAAAUGCUACAUGACAUAGCUGUGGUUUGCAUCUAUCAGUUUAAGGGCAGAGUUGUUAAUGUUGGUUUCAAGCGCCUGGAGAAGAGUCUAAGGAGGAUUUUGAGGAGCAUGCUGCGAAAGUCAAGACUCUAAAAGAGAGUCCAUCAAAUGAAAACUUGCUUAUCCUUUAUGGAUUGUACAAGCAAGCCACUCUUGGACCUGUUACCACCGCUCGUCCUGGGAUUUUCAGCCAGAAAGAC